GUAGUUGUCAGCAGGUAUAACAGUAAACAUUGUUUUGUGAUUGUUGUGUAAAUAUUUUAUGUUAGUUUGAAAAAUCUAGGUCUACUGUGUAGUUCCUUCUUUUCUGUGAUAGAAAGUGCUUCGGAUUGUCUGUUAUCUUCAUAAAAUAUUCAAUAUACAUAUAAGAAAAUGGGAGUUCAAAUGACCAACUGCUGCGGCUUCAGCUUGAAACAUGGGACCAUCAUAAUUGGAGUCGUACAAAGUAUAAUUGCUUUCAUGUUUUUGGUUUUGUCCGCUGCAUAUGCUGAAAAUCCUCACGAACUGGUAGACAUGUCCGAUCCGUCCAUCGUCCCAGAUUUGACUAUUCUGAAGGUAAUUCUCAUCAUCAUAUCCGUUGGAAGUGCUCUUCAAUGUAUGUUUUCCAUUUUCCUGAUAUUUGGAGCUGAAACUAAUCGUCCGGGUCUUUUGACACCAUGGUUGAUAUUGAAUCCUAUAGCACUUGGUGUCUACAUCUUGGCCACUCUGACAGCUAUUAUUCAUCAUACCAGUUUGAAUAUGACGCCUUUCAUCAUUGGACACAUGCUUCUUGGAAUCAUAAUUGUUCUAAUCGUGGCCUACAAGAUAAUGUGCGUUUGGAAUUUCUACAAGCACCUGAAGAGUCUGAAUUUCUGAGGAAAUCAUGGCCGCAAUCCAAAUAACUUCUUCAUUCUUGGAAAUAACAUAUCUUAUAAGCACAAUAAUAAGUGUUACACAGCCUUUUUCAGAUUGCUAGUGUAGAUUUUAUUCAGUAUUUCAAAAAAAUAUGUCACACUUUCAAGUAGUGAAUGGAAUAAUAUUUUUAUUAAACGAUUUCAGGUGAAAAUACACGAAAA